GCCACACAAGCAGUUAUCGUUCGUGGGGAUAAACUGCUGACGCUCAAGCCCGUACGACUACGGAUGUUUUGAUGGCGGUUUCUUAAUGGAUUUAUAGUUGCAAGUCGAAGGCCAAUUGUUUGCAAUCAGCGUAUACAUGCAGCAUCAUUUAUAAGCGUUGUGCGAGCUUCUUGUCUCGUCAUUGGAAAGAUCCGAGGCAACGGAGUAACGUCAACGCUGGGUUUCAUUCGAGACCUCGGAACGAAAGGCUUUAGUUGCACUGGAAGUCGGCAGAGCUGAGUUGGAUUUGUUUCUAACUAGUGUUGAGAAAGGUUAGUUGAUUUGUCUACGAUAUAAGUCACGAUAAUUUCAUUACAUAUUCUUCUUCACUCGUUGGAUAAUUGUUAGCGACAACUACCUGGUUGUCAUCAGGAAGGGUAUGCGUCCUCACGUUUGUUAUGAUAAUGAUGACUCUUGUUCUUGAAAGGAUAAACAGCUCAAGGAUAAUAUUUGGAAAUCGUUGUGAUUGUUAUCCGGUGGCACUCCAAGCGGUUUUGUGAAAUAAUACGAUCACAACAAAUCGUUCAUCUCGUGAGAAGUGGGAUUUCCUGGUAUAUGCUUUGGUUGCCGUGGAUACAUGUAGCCGAUUAAUUGCCACCAGCAGACCACAGCCAAUCAGAUUAUUUCUCACUCGUGACGUAGCUCGCCCGCAGUAUAAAUGCCUCCGCCAGAUCAAACACCGGGCAAACGCAUACCUGCCAGUAGUCCGCCGAAGAAACGGGUCGGGACCGGUCCCGGGACUACAGGGUCUGUUACACCAAGAUCCAAAAUGGGCAACGGCGCUAGCGCUACCCAGGUUGUAGUGGACGGGGAGACGUUUGACUUGGUCAAACUAAAGGUGCUCUUGCCCGACCUAAAACGGGAAAUUAAGCAGAAGAAUACUAAACUUGAGGAAUAUGAAAUUGAACUCGCGCAGUUACGGCGAAAGUUAGAGGACAGGGAUUCGGAGGUUAUAAGACUGAAAGAGGAGGUGGAUAAGUAUAAGUCUGUGCUGCAACUGACGGUUCAUAAGGAUGGCAAGCCUGAUAUCUUGGCUACCAUUCAUGAGGAGGCGGCUAUGGCCGGCCAGCAAGAGGGACAGAGGAAUAAAAAGCAGGGUGUUUCGGGCGAGAGUACAAACGUAUCGCAAGGAGCAGUGGAACUUAAACGAUUUGACAAAGAAUUCAGAUCAAAACAGCUCAUCAAAGGUGCCAUACUCGAUAACGAGUUCCUCAAAAACUUGGAGGCCAACCAAGUUCGCGAGAUCGUGGACUGCAUGUACGAGAAAAAUGUCAAGCAAGGCCAGUAUAUCAUAAAGGAGGGCGAAGCCGGGCAGCAUCUCUAUGUCUCUGCAGAGGGCGAACUGGAGGUGCUAAAAGAUGGCAAGGUGCUUGGAAAAAUGGGACCCGGACGGGCGUUUGGAGAACUCGCUAUCUUAUACAACUGUACCAGAACAGCCUCCGUGAAAGUUCUUUCAGUACACGAUCCUUGUCCAGUCGAAACUAUCCUCGUGGACGCCGACAACAACGAAUCCAAAAGUCCUUACCCGUGCACAAUACCACUGCGUGGAGAAAAUGUUAACGUAUUCGAUGCAGUUUCCUUUGGAAACCUCCACUUACAAAAGGAACCUCGGAAAGCGUCCCUAACAACGGCAAGAAUAUGGGUGUUAGACCGGCGGGUGUUCCAGCAUAUUAUGAUGAAAACUGGUAUACAGAGACACGAAGAAAGCUUAAAGUUCUUAAAAAGCGUUCCUUUACUGCGAUCCCUUCCUACCGACAAGGUUGCAAAAUUAGCAGACGUUUUGGAAAUAGACUUCUUCCACGAAGGGGAGUACAUCUGCCGAGAAGGUUCCGCGGGUGAUUCAUUUUUCAUCAUCAAUAAGGGAGAGGUGAAGGUUACACAGCUUGUACAGGGUAAAGAUCAACCGCAGCUUAUUCGAAUGUUAAUGCGAGGCGAUUACUUUGGAGAGAAGGCGUUGCUGAGCGAGGAUAAAAGAACAGCAAAUGUGAUAGCCAUUGCGCCUGGUGUGGAGUGUCUCACCGUGGAUCGAGAUUCUUUCAAUCAUUUGAUAGGAGAUCUGAACGAAUUCCGAGAAAAGGACUAUGGAGACGAGGCGAGAGGGGCACAAAGGCUUAAGAAGAAAAACUACAACACUUUGCUGAAAACCUUAACAAAUUCACGUUUAAACAAGUAUAGAAUCGGUAGCAAAGAGUCUAAAGCCAGUUCAAGCUCAGGCUCCGAAGCGCAGGCUUCACCAAGCAAAGAAGCCUUUGAUAGUGAAUUUGCAUUUGUUAAACUAGAAGACCUCGAUGUAGUAGCUACGCUUGGUAUGGGUGGCUUUGGUAGAGUGGAACUGAUACAACUCAUAACAGACCGAAGUAAAACGUUUGCCUUGAAGUGCCUGAAGAAGAAACAUAUAGUAGAAACUAGACAACAGGAGCAUAUCUACUCCGAGAAGAAAAUCAUGAUGGAAUCAAGGUGUCCGUUUAUAUGUCGGUUAUUUAGGACUUUCAGGGAUACGAAAUACGUCUACAUGUUGAUGGAGGUGUGUUUAGGUGGUGAAUUGUGGACGAUACUCAGAGAUAGGGGUAAUUUUGAUGACAACACUGCCCGAUUCGCUGUAGCAUGUGUGAUAGAAGCAUUCCAAUACCUACACGGCCGAGGUAUCAUCUAUCGGGAUCUCAAGCCAGAAAAUUUACUCUUAGACAAUACUGGCUAUAUCAAACUGGUGGACUUCGGCUUUGCAAAGAAAAUUGGCAUUGGUAGAAAAACUUGGACAUUCUGUGGUACCCCCGAGUACGUGGCUCCCGAGAUCAUAUUGAACAAGGGUCACGAUCACGCUGCUGAUUACUGGUCGUUAGGCAUCCUCAUGUUUGAAUUGCUUACUGGCAGCCCACCGUUCUCGGGCACAGACCCAAUGAAAACAUACAAUAUCAUCUUGAAAGGAAUAGACGUGAUCGAAUUCCCAAAGAAGAUCAGCAGAAACGCCCACGCCCUCAUCAAAAAGCUGUGCCGGGAUAAUCCCACUGAGAGAUUAGGUUACUCCAAGAAUGGGAUAAUGGACAUUAAGAAGCACAAGUGGUUCCAAGGCUUCGACUGGGAUGGAUUAGCCAACACGACAAUUGUCCCCCCUAUUACACCAAAGGUUAAGGGACCAACAGAUUUCAGCAACUUCGACAGCUAUCCAAAAGACAUGGACAUUCCACCUGAUGAGACGUCAGGGUGGGAUGAAGAAUUCUAGACAUGCAACAUUUGCAAAUUUUCUACUGUGUGAUACUUCGAGGGUCUUAUGCAGAAUGGUGCUAAGUGCAGUUUAUAAAUUACCCCCUUAAAACAGUUUUUUUCCUCAUUAUUCCUAUGCGACUAAGGCGGAUGAGGACAGUCACGUGGAAAUAUUUGGCUUGAUGCUCCAGUUCGACUUAGUAUCAACCUUUAAUGCUUAAGAAAAGUGCACGCGCCUCCAGCGUAGAACCCUUGACAACUUUCCUCAACUGAAUCCCUUGGUUAUCUCUGUCGGGCCGCCGACAUGAAAAGACGGCAAGGUCUUUGGCUGGUGCAAUAACCAUGAGUUUUAAAUUGCCAGUCUAUUGCUCUGAUCAUGCUCGCCUCUGGGCAAUUUGCAAUACUUGUAAUUUAUGAAAUAUAAACUUUAGGUCUCUAUGAUGCUUUUCAAUCAAUGAAUUCAGUUGAAACUCUCCCUUUACUCUGUUUAUUAUGUUAUGUAAACUACUGUGCCUUGGUCACAAGUGGCGUGGCUUGUGUGCUGCAGUGAAACAGUGACUGUGUGUGAUGUGUCUGUGAAUGUAUGUUGCACAUGUCUCUUCCGAGUAAUUGUAAAUGUCACUGAGAGUCCAACUCUUCACAGCUAGUUAUGAACAUAACAAUGUCCUUCGUGCUAAAUCCAGUCCAAGUUGUAACAUUUAGGCUGCAGAUGCAAACGAUGAAGACGACGGGAUGCGUCAGUUCUGUUUUUCGGGGGUCGAAGUGACGUACUUCCUGCAGAAGUCUACCACCGCAGUCAACGUGAGUUCUUGCCGAAUGAUCAUCUCAAAAAUUAAUCACUCCAGCGUACGAAUGAGGGCCAUGAAAUUCUCGUACUACUUUACAAUGAUGAUGCUGGAAUCGAACUAGAUGGACUCCUUUCUGUGCCGAAAUGUCAUGAUUGGACUGACAACUCCCUAUCGCAAUCACAUCGUAAAGAAAUCAUGGUGGAUUCCCAGCUUGAUAUCAAAGUAAGGGGCCUAAACCCUUGUUAUUCUGACGUGAGAUGAAUCCUGUUGUUUGUGAUGAUUGUUGGGUCAGUGGUUGGUAAAACUCGUAGUUAGGCAUAUCAGGGAAAGCCGGAUUGGGAACAUUAGGCAUUGAGAGCGAAAAUCACAAAUCGGCUUUGUUGGUUGGCGAUGGAGGGUGCGUUUUUUCAUGUGAUUUUCGACCUCUUCGCCAAGAUAUUCGAUGGUGUUCAGGGUGCUAUACUGUUCAUAUGAUGUUUGCUGCUGUGUAGCUAGAAACGAGUGUAGUUAAUAUGCCAACUUACAGUUCGCGUCAUUUUCUAUCCUUCUAAUUUUGGAUUUGCCCGGCUGUUUUGCUCAGCAAUGUUAUCAGUGUCGGCCACCUAAGGGUGCAGAAUCCAUGCGGAAUCAAUCAGACUCUGUGGCUGUGUAUAUACAAAACUCGAGUUGUUGGCCAACCUUUCCCACCUACAAGCUUUAUUUUCUUCCGGUGAAGUGACUCCCGGAGUGAUGACUGGGACGGGUCAUAUUUUGUUCUCUCGCGGUUACAAUUUUUUGUGGCUGGUCUAUCAAUCUCCUUUGGCAUGCAAUGGGGUUUUCGCUUCUGACUGACGAUCGUCUUGGUACGUACAAGUACAGUAUUUGGCGAAAUACGUACUUUUUACUUAAUCUAUUAAGAAGAUUUGGGCCAGUCCUAUUAUUACGUAAGACUUGUUCUGUCGGCAGUGACGUGGGACUUUAUGCAAAUGACUGUGCUUCGAUAUGUUCCCACCAAUUCGACGGUGGUGUGCAUACAUCAAGGGAAGAGGUCAUCGAAUUCGAAAACGAAAAGGUGGAGAUAGGCAUUCAGGCAAAGAUAAUUCUUGUAACAGGAACUGCUGUGAUUCUGAAAUGUUUUCCGAAGGAACAAUAAUUUGAUCGGGAGGGAAACGCAUAACAGUUUUAAACAAUUUGCCUUUGGUAUGAGCGAUAUCCGCGUGUCGUAUUCAUGUAGCUGGGUUUCGUUAUUGGGAAACUAGAAUUUGAUUUGUUGCUUGGUCUUUGAAAUACGUACGUCGUUAUGCUUGCGAGACGUCCCUAUUUGUGAAGUCGCAACUCAUUUCUCACAGUAACUUAACUUUCUCAGUUGUUGCGUUAAAUCGUUGUUAAAUCGUUUAUUUGUUUCUAUGGCGACAUAGUUUAUUGUAAAUACAUAUAGAUGCAAAGAAUAUAUUUAUAAAAAUCAUUUUUUGUUUUGAGACGUCCCCUUUUGGGUGAUCAUUGUCACUAACAUGUCUACAUACUGUAUAGUGAUCAUUUAGACUUCUCCAAUUACAAUGAACAUGUAUAACGGACACUGGCAAGCUGUCCUGUUCCUCUUUUGCCCUCGCGCACACCGUUUUACUGAUGGGAACAUGACGAUGGAUGUUCGACAUCUUAUUUUGAAUACUUGAAGUUGGGUUUUUUCAGUCACAAUGAUGCAGGAGUUCUAAACAAUAUAUCAGAACUACAAGAGAAUUUUUUCAAAACGUCACCAGUUAUGACCCAUGCAGGGAAGGAAAAAUAAUCACUCUACAGUUGUAUCCAUGUUUCAUGUCUUCAUUCACUGUAUCAAACUAAUGCAUAAUCAUGUAAUCAUGUUAUCAUCUUGACUUAUUAAGGGAAUGCUGACGUCAGCAUUUCAGUUAAUUGACACAAUCAUGGCUUAAGUUAAGUUGUUGAUGCUGACACUGACAGAAGUUCGAACGACAAGGAGACGAGCCAGUACGUAUAGAACGAGAAUUAAUACUUGCCAAACCCCGUUAUUGGCAACGCUAAGGUUCUUUGUUUUUGUAUGAAACUGAAGGUACAUCUCGCAGCCAGUACAAGAGACAAUUUUAUAUUCUCACAGCCGUUGCUGCUCAGCCGCCCCUGCUCUGUGUGCUUUUUCCCAUAUAGAAAGUCCGGAAUACUACUUUUUGACCAUUCAGACAUUAAUGCAUAUGAUAUUACAUGGCCAUCCCAGUAUAUUAAAUUCAUCGUCAUUUUAAUCGUAUCAACUUGUACAAAGACAAAUAUGAAUAUCAAUUAUGUAGUUCCAUGUAGAUUGUAAAGUCGAAGUUGGUUUGUAUAUUUUGUAUCAAGUGGAUUUAUCAAAGAAACGAAUAAAGUGAUUGAAAAGUGAAAA